AAAUAAGGGGUGACGAGAUCGCGAAAGUAACUAUUUGUCAGGCGCCUGUAAUGAUUCUGUUAUGGAUGUCAGCAUUCUUAGUGCAUUUGGCUCUGAUCUUGUACAUAGCAUUGCCGCUGAUUGUAGAGAAGUUUCCUGCUUUUUGCCGGCGACUAGUUUUUAAAACACACAGUGGACCUAGCUUUGGUUCCCGAGUUUAUACACACUUUGAAUCUGUGGACAUCCCUAGUGGGCAUGGCCACAAUUUCUACAUCGCUUCUCUAGAUGACAAAGCUCUGUUAGGAGUAUGGCAUAUUCUUCCAUCGAAUAAUGAAGAAAUUAGUGCUGCCGAUUCACGGAGUUAUGAAGAAAUAAUGAAUUCAUUGCCUAAUGAUUUGCCUGUAUUUAUUUAUUUCCAUGGCAAUUCUAAAUCAAGAGCUAUUCCUUGGAGGGUGAACAUUUAUAAACUAUUGUCAUCUCUUGGCUAUCACGUUUUUUGUUUCGAUUACAGAGGUUAUGGCGAUUCAACUGGGUCAUUAAGUGGAGAAAAUGACUGUCUACUGGAUAGCUUAACAGUUUUUCAAUUUGUUUGUAAACGGUUUCCUUCAGCGCCGAUUUUCUUUUGGGGUCAUUCACUUGGUACUGGGGUUGUCGGUUGUCUUAUGGGUCAUUUAAAUAAAGAGCAUGAUUCUUCACCAAAUAUUCGUCUUCCAAAAGGUAUUAUUCUUGAUGCCCCAUUUACAUCCUUAACUGAUGUGAUACGUCACAGAAUAUUCAUGAAGCCUUAUCAGUUAAUGCCAACUUUACAAGAACGAUUUGUAUCAGCUAUGAACAAAGUAAAAUUAUCAUUUAAUACACAGUCAAACCUAAUAAAUUGUCCCAUUCCGAUAAUCAUAUUACACGCUGAAGAUGAUGCUGUUGUACCAUUCACUUUAGGAAAAAAGGUAAUCAUUAUAACAAUUGCAUUUGAUAAAUACUUAACGAAUUCAUAUUUAUUUGUUGAUUUUCGGAAAAGAAAAAUGAUAACUACAUUGGGUUUUGAUUGUGGUUAGUCGAGUGUUGUUAAUCACUCAAUGUAUGUAUAUUUUUGUCUAAAUCAUUCAUUAACGAAAUUUGUUAGUUCUGAUUUUGAGAUUUGAUAAAAGAUAUAAAUUAAGGAAGAGUUGAAUAAAUAUGACCGAAGUCUUAUGACUCAAAGUUAUUGGUUCUUUUAUCAUCAUAAAAAGUUUUCAUUAGUUAUUUUACCAUUGUAGAGCAUGAAUUUAGUUUGUUAUGUCUACGCUUUUAUCUGUCAUUAUAAUUCACGAAUUGAAGAAAUCCCUCAAAAGUAGUAUCUGUAAAAAAACAACUUAAAUUCCACCUAAGAUCUGAUAGUAAUGCUUUAAUUAUGAUUCAGUAAAAAAUAAUAUGGUUGGCAGUGUUGAUAUUAUGCAUUCAUAAUAUAAAUAUUUCACACUAUACUGUACGAAAAGAAUAUGCUAGACAAUAUGGAAAUUAAAUAUUGUAAAUAGAAAAAAGUGGAAAGAAAUCGUUUGAUCAAUAAGUAAAUAAAUACAGUAAUCAAUAAAUCAUACACUUCAAUAAAUACUACAAUCGAGAUAAAGUUCACAUUAAACCUCUCAUGUACACGAAUCCAAUGUAAACACUAGAAAUCCAUUUUUGUCCUUUUAUAUUUGCAUGAAUAUCUAUCUUGUGUGAAGCCAGAUGUAGUGUUUAUCGUCAACAGGCAAUAAACACUCCGUCACUUGACAACAUUUAAUGAGUGGAAGAGACCUCUUUACACCCUCGAUUUUACUAAAACAUUUGAGGAAAUUUAAAAUAACUACCACUGGUGAAAUCAGGUAAACAUUGUUUCAAGAAUCUGUGUAAUAAAAGCUAGUCACUAAGGGAAAACAACGUUUCUGUUGCCAUAUUCACCUGAAUUUCCAAGGCUAAAUAUUUUGAAAGUAUUUUUAAUUCUCUUUAUCAUAACAGUUCUUUAUUGAUAUUGACCUGAAUCUUUCUGUGUUGAACUAUUACUUUUAUGAAUAAUAACAAAUAACUAUAGCUUGCUGAAAUUCUUUCAACUAAUGGUACUUCAGUAUUCUUCAAGCCGUACGAAGGCAAACUCGGUUACCGACAUAAUUUUAUUCACACAGCACCAGAUCUUCCGGAUAUUAUUACGUAAGUACUUUAGUGGACGAAAACUCAGGUGGGAACAAUCAAUUUAUCAUUUAAUGCAAAAUUACAGAGUUCUUUCGUAAAAUGUGAAAAACCAUACAUUAAAUGCCUCAUUUGCAAAUCUUCCAUGAAUUGUCUCAUACUUCAUCGCUAUUACAAUUACUCUCUGUUUACAACCCGUUCUUUUCAAUCCUAUCUUCGCAACCUUCUGCUGUCAGUCAUUCCACUUCUGAUUGGUGUCACACACUACUUAUGUUGAUAGACAUAAGUAGCAUUCACCGUAUUACUGGCGUUUUUUAAUGUAUGAGGAAUUAAUAUAUUUCACUUGGAACAACUUGAAUUAAGAUAUUUAGUACAGCAUGCUUAAUAUAUGAAAUAACACGGUUUGAUCAGUUUAUUUAACACGUAUCUUAACAUAAUUAAUUUCUUUGGCUGAUAACUGAAGUGUUUAAUUAUCAAAAUCAAGUUGCCUAUGUGUUCAUUGUUAAUAUCAGAAUAAGCAACGCAAUAAGCUAAUAAUUUAUACACAAUAUUUAAGUCAAGGAAUAAUGACAGUAAUGAAUUUAGCAAGGAAUAUUUGACAGGUAAAUGAAUUUCUGAAACAAAUGAGACUGAAAACACCAACAAUCGAAUCCUUGUUGACUCCCAAAAAAAUGUUAAUUCCAACGUAAAUAUAUUGCUGCACUCUGUAAGCAGAAGUAAAAUUUAGGAUUUAAAAUGAUAUAUUUUUCUUAGGUUUGUCAAAUAAAGUUAUUUACGGUUGGUUUUAUUUAUUGAAUAAACUAGUGAGAUAUCUAGUUUAUAUACCGAAAACAUGUUUCAGAUGAAUGAUCAAUAGUUACAGUGAAGGGUUUAAGUAGUUGGAAUUCGGGAAACUACUUUUUCAGCCGCUUGAUUUAAUAACUUUAAUAUCAUCUUUUCAUAUUCAAUUCCAAACGAAAAACGCACUUAUUGUCCAUUUAGUAUAAUACUCACGCAUUUCCAAAUAGGAAAUCGUAUAUAUUGUUUAACAAUAAUCUAGUUAGUUCAUUGACGGAGAUUUAAUUCUCCGUAGUUUUCAUGCCUUAUAUAUCAAUCGCACGAUUGAAAAAGCGAAAGUAUUUUUCCUAAAAGGUAAACUGUACACAUUUUUUUGAAUUGCAGCCGAUAAUUACAUGUAGACUUUGAAAAAUUUCAAGUAACCUUUCAAAAUAACUAACGGCUUGGUUAAAUCGUGGUAUACAACUUUCCACUAUCUAACAACUACUUUCUAACUGAAUAAUGUUCUCACCAGGUUACACUGAGAUCUGUCAGGUUUGUUUCGAAAAUUUCGCAAGUCACUCAGUUAAUCAUCAAAACUCACAAUGGGAAAGUUUAAAUGAACUCAAGAUUACAUUUCAAACGUUUUCCGAGUCGCAACUGGAAAGGUUUUUUAUUUAAAUCAUCUACUUAGAAAGUGUACUAGCGACUGUUUGCUUUUGGAAAACAUUAGCUGAAGUCCCCAAUUAAAAUAUUCUAUUCCUCGGAAUGUGAUAUGUCAUAAUUACUCUCUCCCAACUCUUAGGGAUUACUUUGUUUGUUCUUAUUAAGUCUUACUGAACUAAAUACAUCAACUGUUAUAAAGGAUACACUUUAUAAAUGUUCUGUAAUUCAUUGUUAAGCGUAGGUUAUGUGUGAACUUUUGAACAUAAAUGACUUUACAACACUACUAGUGUAUCGGUGAAUUACUAAGUAAGUAAUUUUAAGGGGUGGAUACAAUGGUCUAGACAGCCGAAACAUUCACUACUAAGUUUGUGAAGUUGAAUCAACUUAGUUAAAAAUAAUCGUAGAUUUUUGAAAUGCUUUUUUGUUUGACAUAAGGCUUAUUACAAUAUAAUAUAAUAAUGAUUCCAGUUAUCUUUCAAAUGACAACUACUUAUGUAUUUGAAAACAAAUAUUUUCCCAUUAGAAUAUUUCCCUCUUUUAUUAAAUAAUCCUUAAAACUUGUUUUCUUUAAUCUUAUUCCCUAAUAUUAGAUCAUUUGUUCAAUCCACAUUGUCUGGAAGUUUAAAUUCAUUAGAGGAUUUAAUCAUUUGAAUUUGAUGGUGUAGAUUAUAUCAGUAAAUAUUGGAAUAUAUAAUCUAGUUUCAAUAUCUGUGAGCUGUAUACGAUCUAUCAGCUGACCUGUUUUUAUGACAACUAUCAUAUUACUUACAAUCUGUCAAAUGAUUACAUCAUUUUACAAUUUGUUUCUGUUGUGUGCUAUUUUCUUUUUUUCUUUUCAUAAACUUAUUUUUAUUAGCUUAUUUUAUAAAAGUUUUUCUCUAUUUUUUUACUUUUGGCUCGACAUCAUUAUUUUUUUUCUGUCCUAAUAUUUCAGAUUGCUUAUUUUUUUUGUCUCAUUAUAGUUCUAUUUAUUCUUAUGCUUAUUAUGUUUUCAUCAUCCAGGGAUUAUUGUGCCGUAAAGUAUCAUUAUUUUGUUGUUGUGUGUGUGUUCAGUUAUUUUUCUUUCCAUUGAAGUGAACAUUCUGAAAUACAUUAUGUGUAAAUUACAUUCAUGCUAAUAUACAUUGUGUUUUAGGUUUAAACCUAUUUAAUAUAAUAUGGAAAAUAUAUAUGAAAAGGUGUUAAAAUAAAUAUAGUUCUAUCUAAAUAUAUAUAUAUCGUUUUAAUACCACUGAUUAAUACGUAAU